AUGGUGGCGUUCAUGGAUGAGAGAUAUUCGCAUUCGAAAGCCGUGUUGCUUUCCACGGCAGUUUGUGUCACGCUCACAACUCUAAUGGUCAUUGUCGUAUCAGCACGCAUCUUCCUCCGUCUUCGCAAUCGACAGAGUAGUGCAGAUGACUACGUUAUGAUAUUUUCGAUGACUAAAGUUGAUGUCCAGAUCAACUUCGCUGGGCGAUUUUUUUAUCAAAUAGGCAUUGGUGGCUUCAAAGUAGCGCUAUGCGUCAGUUACUUGCGCCUUGUAUCACGGACAACGCGAACCACUUAUGGAUUUAUCAUCUGGAUUGUCCUUGCAAUUACCAUUCUGGGACACUUUGCCGGUACUCUUGUCAUUCUUUUCAACUGCAAGCCAGUCAGUUUGUCCUGGGAUCCUACACUUCCAGGGAAGUGCUUGCCGUCUGGACCGAUGAAUUACAGCAGAGCUGGCGUUGGUAUUGCGUGUGAUGUCAUUAUCAUGCUUUUGCCUAUCCCUCUUCUUUUAACCCUAAAUAUUGAGCGGCUUCAGAAAGUGGGCGCUAUAUGUUUGUUCCUUUUGGGCUUCUUCACGACACUUUGUUCGAUAUUGCGCCUUAUUCAAAUCCCAACUCUGGGGAAAGGAGACCCGACAAUGUUUGUAAUUUGGAGCACAGCCGAAUUUAAUGUUGGAAAUAUGGUAUGCAGUCUUCCAUAUCUGCUGCCAGUUUUAAAGACGUGCUUGCGAAAAUUUUGGUCAAGUAUUGGCAGAAGCAACUUCACUUUUGGGACUGAUAACUAUGAAUUGAGUCAGUCAACAGGGGGCCCUCAAAAGCCGAGUGAACCCUCAUCCAAUCCCUUGAGGAUCCGACAGACGCAAAGGGACUCAGAGUAUAAUAUUCAGAAGACCAUUCACUUCGAA